UUGAUCCCUAGACACUGUCAUGUGGAAUAUAAGUGUAUAUUCACGUUAUUGCGGCUUUGAAUGUUGAGCACCGCUUGAACUACUCUGACAAAUGUCAACCUAAAUUUCAUUAAUUUUCCUCGAUGGAAUGGAACGGUAUUCGAGGGAUCGUGUGAUGGACCUGGCUUUUGAAUGGCGAAGAUUUAUUUUCAAGAAUCGAGAUGCAAAACGAGAGAGGAAAUACAAUUUAAUACAAUGAUUGGGUGAUUGAGGGAGUUGAUUUAUCUGUUGCAACAAUUCAACAGGCGUUGGCGAUGCUGCAGUUUGAAAUAUUUAUGAGUCGAGAGCCAAUUGGAAGCCCAGGGAGUUUCAAGGACGUCUUCUUUCCUUUGCUGGGUUCUUUGACUUGAAAUUUUUUGCUGUGGGGAAUUAAAUACCGGAUUGGGACUUUAAACAACUCGCUAAAUUGACGGACUUAAUUGGUGAUUCGAUUAGGGGAGUAAUUGGGCCCUUAUUCUCAUGAUCAAGUAAUUUAUUUAUUUAUUUAUUUUUUUCAUUCAGGGGAGAACGGCAAACGAAGGCUGCGGAUAGACACUGGGAUUUAUGUGCGAACUGAAGUGACAUGAUGAAUGUGUAUGAGUCUGUGGUACAUACGCACACAUGAGGGGUCAGUUUAAACUCAUUGUCAAGUCGUCACGCUAUCGGAGAAGUGGGAAUAGAUUAUUUGAAUAAUAAAAUAUUCGGGGAAAAUUUAGAGGUGAAGUUUGGGGGGAUUUUGUGAUUGAGAUUGGAAAUUUUUCGGAGGAAAUCGAUGUCGAAGUCUGGUGACUUUUUAAUUUACUCGGAUGGUGCGGUUGUACGCGGAAGUGGAGACAAUGUAGAAGUUGCUAUCGACCAUGACGAGACUGAGAGGAGUCCGUGUACCUCUUAAGUGGGAACAGUAUUGUAGUGGCAUCAAGACCAUCGUCAACCGCACAGGAAAUAUGUUUCGAGCGGUCAAGACCAAGUUGACCUCAUGGAAUAAGAUCACCACGAGGAGGAGCAUUCUCACUGAUGCUGGAGAUAAAAAUCUGAAGAAGACACCGACACUUCCGGAAUUCGCCGAUGUCGUCAUUAUUGGAGGAGGUAGUGCUGGCACUAAUGCUCUCUAUCACUUGGCAAAGCGCGGGUCAAACGCCAUUCUAUUGGAGAGAAGUAAAUUGACGUCGGGAACUACUUGGCACACAGCGGGGAUGUACUGGAGGCUGAGGCCCAGUGACGUUGACAUCCAGUUGUUGAGUUCCACGAGAACGACGUUGGUUAAUAUAGAGGAGGAAACAGGACUAAAUCCGGGGUAUAUCCAGAACGGUGGAAUUUUUAUAGCGCAUAAUGAGACUCGAAUGGAUGAGUACAGAAGACUCGUGACAGCGGGAAAAUAUCUCGGGGUGGAAGCGCACAUUUUAUCCGCACAUGAGACCAAAGAGUUGUUUCCUCUUUUGGAUGAGAAAGUCAUCGUGGGAUCCAUUUACUGCCCUCAGGAUGGAUCGAUGGAUCCAACAAUGUUGACAGCAGCCCUGACGAAAGCUGCCAAGAAUCAUGGCGCAAGGAUCAUCGAGGAUUGCCCAGUGACGAAAAUAGUCACCGAGGAGCAGGAGUACGGAUGGAGAAAGAUAACUGGAGUGGAAACUCCAUUCGGUUUAAUCAGAACAAAAUGCGUUCUGAAUGCUGCAGGGGCUUGGUCGAAGAACGUAGCAAAAAUGGCAGGAGUAGAUAUUCCCUUGAUUGCUAUGAAGCACGCCUACGUGGUAACCGAGAGGAUAGAGGGAGUCCAGGGUUUGCCCAACAUCAGGGACCACGACGGCAGUAUCUACAUCAAGGCUCAGGGCUCAUCCCUGGCCAUUGGAGGAUACGAGCCCAAUCCCAUCAUUCUCAAGUCCCUCGCCAAAGACUUUACAUUUAGCCUCUACGAGCUCGAUUGGACUGUCUUCAACACCCACAUCAAUUCGGUGGUCGAACUCAUCCCGAAAAUCAAAACCAGUGGAAUUCAAUCCAAUGUUUGUGGUCCUGAGAGCUUCACUCCUGACCAUAAACCGAUUAUGGGUGAGGAUCCCAAGUGUGCGGGGCUUUUUUACUCGUGCGGGUACAACAGCGCGGGGAUGAUGUAUGGGGGUGGGUGUGGGGAGCAAAUCGCCUCGUGGAUUAUUGAUGGCAGGCCUGAGAGGCACAUGUACAGCUAUGACAUCAGGAGAUUUAUCCCGGAGCAGAGGAGGGAUCAGGUGUGGGCUAAUGAGAGGUCGCACGAGUCUUAUGCGAAGAAUUAUUCCAUUGUUUUUCCACAUGAUGCACCAUUGAGCGGCAGACAGUUCAAGAAGGAUUUAUUUCACGAUUUGCUGAUAAAAAAUGGAGCAGUGAUGGAGGAAGCUUUGGGAUGGGAGCGACCAGCCUAUUAUCAACCUGGAAAAAUCACAAAUAUUCAGCCCUACGACUACAUGGGAAGCUACGGAUCCUCGAAAAAUCGUCGGAACGAUUACGCCGAGGUUCUGAAGAGGGAGUACACCUUCGGUUUUCCCGAGCAUCACGGUCUCAUCGGCUCGGAGGCCCUCGCCUGUCGCAAUAAGGCCGCCCUUUUCAAUCUCUCCUACUUCGGGAAGUUCUAUCUCUGCGGAGCCCAAGCCCAGGAAGCCGCAGAUUUUUUGUUCACCGCUAAUGUCAAUCGGGAAACCAAUAGAACUAUUUAUACUUGUUCGUUGAAUAAGUAUGGGGGAGUGGAGGCAGACUGCACGGUUACGUCUAUUGAAGCGGGUUCCGGAGGAGUGGCUGAUCCAAUUUUCCAGAGGAAGGCGUUCUACGUUGUCGCCGGAGGAAGUUCAUCGUACCACACGUACUCCCAUCUGAAUCGAAUAAUAAGAAAGAGAGGCUUCGAGGCGACAAUUCACAAUGCCACAGACACGAUGGGAAUUCUCUCCCUGCAAGGGCCAAAUAGUCGAUAUAUUCUGGAGGAUAUAACAAACAAAGAUUUAUCCGACAAACUCUUUCCCUUCUCGACCUGUCAAAUUUUGGACAUAAAUAGUAAUCUGGUGCGAGCAUUUCGACUGAGUUUCGUCGGUGAGCUUGGAUAUGAGCUUCAUAUCCCUAGUCAAUCAUGUGAAAAAGUAUUCAAAGCACUGAUGGAGGCGGGUAAAGUUUAUGGAAUGAAAUUAGCUGGAUUCCGAGCAAUGUACAGUCUUAGUUGUGAGAAGGGAUAUCAUCUCUGGAACUGCGACCUGAGGAUGGACGAUAAUCCAGUGGAAGCUGGGCUCGGGUACGUUUGCAGACGACAGGGGGAGUACAAUGGAAAGAAGGCGGUGGAGAAACUAAGGAAUAGUGGAGUUACAAAGAAAAUGGUGCAUUUGCAUGUGAAGAGCCCUGUGAGACUUUGGGGCUUGGAAGCUGUCUACAGGGACGACGAAAUCGUGGGGUACCUUAGGCGAGGGGAUUACUCAUACGUAUAUAACAAUAGUAUUGGCCAUGCAUAUAUUUCCAACCCCAGUAGCGAUAAAGUAACGAAACAGUUCCUAGAGUCUGGGAAAUAUGAGGUGGAAGUUAUGGGUACGAGGUACCCAGCGGAGGUGUUUCUUCACAGUCCCUUUGACCCGGAAAACAAAAGACUGCUUGGCAACUAUAGCUGAUUCAUUAGGUGUAAUCUCCACAUGACAUUGAAAUACUGUAUAUUUUUUUUUAUCUUUGUAUUUCAAAACAUAAAUAGGAAUACAAUUAGAUCAUCCAGCCAAUGGAUUAGCGUGAA